AGACCGUAAAUAGAUGCUGGAGUCCGUCGCAGCAGAUCGGAAGUGUUGAGUCCGUGCGUCGCGUUUUGGAUUGAAUUUUCCUGGUGAAAAAUAGUACAAAUUGUUGUGAAUUUUGCUAAUUGUGCUCGGUAAGGGUCGCGAGUAGUGUAAUUUGCUUACGGGGAGUCGCGCAAGGAUUUGGGGGCACCCCAAUCGAAAGGAUUUCUGGGGGGUGGCUCGCGGAAGCACCUUUAUCUGUCAGCCCGUUGCAAGGAUAAAGGGGAACCGUCGACGUCUGUUUUUCCACACCCUACGGCCGUCGUCGCGUGCGUCGCGCAUCCGUAGAACCGUCGUGUUCGGGUUUCGUCGCCGUCGUUGAGUUCCGCGUUAACGUGUCCUGGUUCUGGAAGAAUAUCCACAGGAAAUAUCCAUCUCUUGGUGUUCCAUUUUGGGGGAAAUAAUCAGUGAAAUACGUCCAGACGGAUUGUGUGUUUGUGUGCAUCGAAGAAUCAAGAGAAAUAAUAACGAAAAGGUAGUGUAAAGUGUUGUCGUUUGGGAGUUAAGCUUAAGCAGUGAAGAGAAAGAUCUCGGAAUAAUUUAAUUGGAUCAAGUGAACAGGCAGGGGAAACAAGCGUCAGAUUCUGCGAUGGCCCGGUGCCGUGGUGGUGGAAAUACGGCGACAAUGUUCGCACUAGUGUGGAUGGUUCUGCUAAGUGGACUCAAUUGCCUCAAUGCCGUCGAAGCGGCCUCCAAGGUGGACGACUCCAAGGGUCCCGUCUUCCUCAAGGAGCCCACCAAUCGGAUCGACUUCUCCAACUCAACCGGCGCCGUCGUCGAAUGCAGUGCCACCGGAAAUCCCCCGCCGGAAAUGAUCUGGAUCCGCAGCGAUGGAACGGCCGUCGGCGAAGUGCCCGGACUGCGCCAAAUUCUCCCCAACGGAAAUUUGGUGUUCCCACCGUUCCGCGCCGAAGACUACCGCCAGGACGUGCACGCCCAGGUCUACGCGUGCAUGGCCAAGAACCAGUUCGGAUCGAUCAUUUCGCGGGACGUCAACGUACGAGCUGUCGUUCAGCAGUACUACGAAUCCGAGGUUAACAACGCGUACGUCAUCCGGGGUAAUGCAGCGAUUCUAAAGUGUUCGAUUCCUUCGUUCGUGGCCGAUUUCGUAACGGUGGUUUCGUGGAACGACGACUCCGGAAACGUCUACCAAUAUCUGGGCAACCGAAGCCGGCCGGAUGAUUUUGAAACCGACGGCAAAUACAUGGUUCUACCGUCCGGAGAGCUGCACAUUCGUGAGGUAGGCCCCGAGGAUGGCUACAAAAGCUACCAGUGCCGAACCAAGCACCGGUUGACAGGUGAAACCCGGCUUUCGGCCACCAAGGGACGUCUGGUGAUUACAGAGCCUAUCGGGUCGAAAGCUCCAACCUUCUCGUCCGAUUCGAUGGGCAGCAUUUUUCGUCGACCGAGCACCAGUAAUUUUGCGCUCUUGUGUCAGGCACAGGCUUUCCCGGUUCCCAUUACAAGGUGGUACAAAUACAUCGAAGGAACGACCCGUAAGCAAGCCGUGGUGCUGAACGAGCGCGUCAAACAGGUCUCCGGCACGCUGAUCAUCAAGGAUGCCGUCGUGGACGACUCCGGCAAGUACCUUUGUGUGGUGAACAACUCCGUUGGUGGAGAAAGCGUGGAAACUGUGCUGACGGUAACGGCUCCACUGACGGCCAAGAUCGAACCCCGGACGCAGACUGUUGACUUCGGUCGACCUGCCGUGUUCACGUGCAAGUUCUCUGGUAAUCCGAUCAAAACCGUCAGCUGGAUGAAGGACGGCAAGGCUCUCGGACACAGCGACGCUGUGCUGCGGAUAGAGUCGGUCAAGAAAGAAGACAAGGGAAUGUACCAGUGCUUCAUCCGAAACGACCAGGAAAGUGCUCAGGCCAGCGCUGAACUGAAGUUGGGAGGACGAUUUGACCCACCGGUGAUCCGAGAGGCGUUCCCCGAGGAAACUCGUCAUCCGGGACCGUCCGUAUUCCUGAAGUGUAUCGCCGGAGGUAACCCGACGCCGGAAAUUUCCUGGGAACUGGACGGAAAGAAAAUCACCAACAGCGAUCGGUACCAGGUCGGGCAGUACGUCACGGUCAACGGGGAUGUCGUUUCGCACCUGAACAUCACAUCGCUGCACUCGAACGACGGCGGCCUGUACAAGUGUAUUGCCAGCAGUAAGGUCGGAGUAGCGGAGCAUUCAGCCAAACUCAACGUUUAUGGACUGCCGUACGUGAGAACCAUGGAGAAGAAAUCGAUUGUGGCUGGGGAGACGCUGAUCGUGACGUGUCCGGUCGCUGGAUAUCCGAUCGAUUCGAUCGUUUGGGAGAGAGACAACCGACAACUGCCGAUCAACCGUAAGCAGAAGGUAUUUCCCAAUGGAACGCUCAUCAUCGAAAAUGUAGAAAGAAACUCGGAUCAAGCUACGUAUACCUGUGUUGCGAAGAACUCGGAAGGCUACACCGCUCGGGGGACACUGGAAGUCGCUGUCAUGGUUCCUCCCAAGAUUCUUCCGUUCAGCUUCGGUACGGACCCCAUGAACUACGGAGAUUCGGCGUCGAUACAGUGCAGUGUGAUCUCCGGGGAUUUCACGUUCAGGAUCGAGUGGUUACUGAACGGUAACGCGAUCAGCGCGAUCGACAGCCUCACUGGACUCACCACGACAGAGUUCGGUAGGCGGGCAAAAGCUUUGAGCAUCGAAGGCAUCAACUGGAACCACGCGGGAAACUACACUUGUCGGGUGUCGAAUAACGCCGGCGUGGCAGAACUCACUGAAGAACUUAUCGUUGACGUUCCACCAAGGUGGAUUCUCGAACCUACCGAUAAGGCUUUUGCUCAGGGAUCCAACGCUAAGGUCGAAUGCAAAGCCGAUGGGUUCCCGAAGCCUCAAGUUAGCUGGAAGAAGGCGAUCGGUGACACCCCCGGAGAAUACAAAGAUCUACGUUCGAACGACUCGAGCAUCCGCGUUGAAGAAGGCUCGCUGUUCAUCAACAACAUUCAGAAAUCGAACGAAGGCUACUACCUGUGCGAGGCGAUCAACGGUAUCGGUUCCGGUCUGAGUGCCGUGAUCUUGAUCAGCGUUCAAGCCCCACCAGAGUUCACCGAAAAGCUACGCAACCAGACGGCUCGACGAGGCGAACCAACUGUGCUGCAGUGCGAAGCCAAGGGCGAGAAACCGAUCGGCAUCCUGUGGAACAUGAACAACAUCCGCCUGGACCCGAAGUCGGACAAUCGCUACACCAUUCGAGAGGAGAUCCGUCCAGAUGGAGUCAUGUCAAGCCUGUCGAUCAAGCGCACCGAACGAAGCGAUUCAGCUCUAUUUACCUGUAUGGCGACCAACGCUUUCGGAAGUGACGACGCCAGUAUCAAUAUGAUCAUUCAGGAAGCUCCGGAAAUGCCCUACGCGCUCAAGGUUUUGGACAAAUCGGGACGAACGGUACAACUCAGCUGGGCCAAGCCAUACGAUGGAAACUCGCCUCUGAAGCGGUACAUUAUCGAGUUCAAACGAUCGCGAGGAACCUGGGAAAAUGAUGUUGAUCGUGUUAUCGUUCCUGGCCAUACCAACGAAGCUCAGGUUCAAAAACUCAGCCCAGCCACUACUUACAAUAUCCGAAUCGUUGCCGAAAAUGAUAUUGGGGUUUCCGAUUCGUCGGAAGUCGUCACGAUCAUCACUGCUGAGGAAGCUCCUUCAGGUAAACCGCAAGCCAUCAAAGUGGAACCGACCAAUCAGUCUACUCUGCGAGUGAGUUGGAAGGCUCCUCCACGUGCCGAAUGGAAUGGGGACAUUUUGGGUUACUAUGUGGGAUUCAAACAGACUUCGCAGAACUCGUCUUACAUCUACGAAACGGUGAACUACUCUUUGGAAGGUGGCGAAGGAAAAGAGCACAGCCUGGAGAUCAACAAUCUGAAGACCUACACUCAGUACUCGAUCGUUAUUCAAGCGUUCAAUAAGGUAGGCGCUGGUCCGAUGAGUGAAGAGGAGAAGCAAUACACCGCUGAAGGAACUCCAGAUCAGCCUCCAAGUGAUACCAUGUGCACAACGCUUACUUCGCAGACGAUCCGAGUUUCUUGGGUGAGCCCUCCGUUAGAGUCGGCCAAUGGUGUAAUCAAGGGUUAUAAGGUUGUCUACUCUCCCAGUGAGCUGUGGAAUGAUGACAAGAACAAGGACUACAAGAAGACUGCCUCCAGCGAUACUGUUCUCCACGGGCUUAAGAAGUAUACGAACUACACCAUGCAAGUCUUGGCUACCACUUCCGGAGGUGAUGGUGUCCGUAGUGCUCCGAUUCACUGCCAGACAGAACAGGAUGUUCCAGAAGCUCCCACCGCUGUCAAAGCUCUAGUCAUGUCCGAAGGAUCGAUUCUAGUUUCAUGGCAACCACCAUCUCAGCCAAACGGAGUUAUACUACAGUACACCGUCUACAUCAAGAUCGGCGAUCAAGAACCAAAGAGCCACAAAGUGCCUUCCUAUCAAAUGAGCUACGAAGCGUCCGGAUUGGAGAAGAACCAACAGUACGACUUCUGGGUGACGGCAAGCACAACCAUUGGCGAAGGUCAGCGAUCGAAGAUGCUUUCAGCUAUGCCAAGUGACAAGGUUCCAGCGAAGAUCGCCUCGUUCGAUGACACAUUCACGGCUACCUUCAAAGAAGACGCCAAGCUCCCAUGUCUUGCUGUAGGUUCCCCAACGCCCGAUAUUACCUGGAAGAUCAAAGGACAGGAAUUCGUUCCCAACGAGCGCAUUCGUCAGCUACCGGAAGGAUCCCUCUUCAUCAAAGACGUAAUCCGACAGGAUGCAGGAGACUACACGUGUACCGCCGAAAACUCGAUCGCCAAAGACUCCAUUACCCACCGACUGAUCGUUCUGGCUCCUCCACAAUCACCUCAACUGACGCUCACUGCCACCACGACUGAUUCACUGGCCGUCAAGCUGAAGCCUCACGAGUCGGACACUGCUCCCCUCCAAGGAUACACCCUACACUACAAGCCGGAAUUCGGCGACUGGGAAACUAGUGACGUUGCGUUGGACGCCCCGAAAUACACGAUCGAAAACCUGUACUGCGGAUCGAGGUACCAAGUGUACGCCACCGCCUACAACACCAUCGGUGCCGGUGAACCUUCCGAUAUACUAAACACUCGAACCAAGGGUUCGAAACCUCUGCUGCCGGAAAAGUCACGAUUCAUCGAAGCGUCGUCCAACUCGAUCACGUUGCACCUGCCGGCGUGGAAGGACGGAGGCUGCCGCAUGUCACACUUUGUCGUCGAAAAUAAGAAAAAGGAUCAACCCGAUUGGAAUCAGAUUUCGAACAAUGUCAAACCCGGUGGCAACUUUGUUGUUCUCGAUCUGGAACCGGCGACGUGGUACAAUCUAAGGGUAACGGCUCACAACAACGCCGGCUUCACUGUGGCCGAGUACGAAUUCGCCACGUUGACCAUCACCGGAGGUACGAUCGCACCGAACGUGGGCUCGAUCCAGCCGGGGGUCAUUUACCCGCCCUGGAUCCCGCACUGGAUCGACCUGAACGUGAUGGUACCGUUGAUCGCGACCAUCAUCGUGGUGGCGGUGGGCGUUCUAGUGAUCUGCGUAGCGAUCUCACGCCGACGAGACGACGAUCCACGCUGCGGACCGAAGGAUGUUUAUUAUGACGUGGUCUACAACCAAUCCAUGGGACCGGCUGGAGCAGCAACCCUGGACAAACGCCGACCAGAUAUCCGCGAUGAACUGGGCUACAUUGCGCCACCAAAUCGGAAGCUGCCACCCGUUCCGGGCUCCAACUACAACACUUGCGACCGAGUGAAGCGAGGAACAGUUAUCAGCCAUAAUCCUAUCAAUAAAUCCAACCACUCGACCUGGGACCCCCGUCGACCGCUGUACGAAGAACUGAAAAACGUUCAAGCCCCGGCUCUACCGAGGAGAUGUAACCAUCCACCGGCUUGUUACGGCAUGGAGGACGAAAUCUGCCCGUACGCCACGUUCCACCUGCUUGGUUUCCGCGAGGAGAUGGACCCCACCAAGGCGAUGAACUUCCAGACGUUCCCGCACCAGAACGGCAUGGGCGGCCCGGGCCACAUGGGCACGAUGGGUUCCAACAUGGCCAUGCAGGUGCCGAACCACGUGCACUCCCGCUCCGGAUCACAGUCAAUGCCACGCCAGAACCGGUAUGCACGAAAGAACAGCCAGGGAGGACAGAGCAGUAUCUACACGCCGGCCCCCGAGUACGACGACCCGGCGAACUGCGCCGAGGAGGAUCAAUACAGACGAUACACCCGCAUCAACUCCCAGGGAGGAUCACUAUACUGUGGACCUGGACCCGAAUAUGACGAUCCGGCCAACUGCGCACCGGAGGAAGAUCAGUAUGGAUCGCAAUACGGUGGCAACUACGGCACUCCGUACGAUCACUACGGAUCGCGGGGAUCGGUGGGACGGCGCAGUGUGGGAUCACCUGAACCCCCGCCACCACCGCCACGUAACCAUGACACCAGCAACUCUUCCUUCAACGAUUCCAAGGAAAGUAAUGAAAUUUCGGAAGCGGAGUGCGAUCGAGACAACGGUCCCCGAGGCAACUAUGGCGAACCUACCGAGGCAACAGCCAAAUCGACCGAUGCCCUCAAUGCAGAGGAGACGGAAAAGUUGUUGAAACAAAGAAACGAAGUCAAACCCAAGUACGCCAAACAAACAGCAGCCCCCGCCAGUGCAGGACUCACAGCCUACGAUACUAUGGCAGUGUAAUCUGUAAACGACUGACGAAGACGAUGACGAUGAUGAUGACCUCAACCUUAAGAGGUCCACUGUGGGAGCAAUCUGAAGUCAGCAGAAAUCCCACCCGUAGAAUCCAACCAAUUUUUGAACCAUUUCUCAAACUAAUCCCGGUAAGCAGCUAAUGUGCUAAACUCCCAGUACCGAUCCGAACAUGCUCCAAAGCCAUCAAUCACUUGAAAGAAAUCUAAUCAUAAUCACAACAUACCCCAUCCAUACCGUAUACUCGCGUGACUUUGAUGCAACAACAUCUACCAACCAACAAAACAACGUGCUGCGGGGUACAGCCACAUCAGCAGCAGCAGCAGUUCGGGCGCGGCUUAUCGACGCAGCAAGCCAUGCUCGUCCUACUCCUCAUCGCUAGCGCUAUGGCGCCAACGAACGAAGCCGAGCUACUUGUAAGCUGAAUCCGCGAAUCCGAAUUUUAUAUUCCCUCUGAAUGACCCGGUUACACUUAGGGUGGUGCCUAAUUCGCGGAAAUAAGCCCCACCCUAACAGACGUGCUCGUGUAACGGUUUUCUAUGUUCAGUGUCUGUUUUAUAUUAUAGUAUGUGUAUGUAAUUGACAAGUGUACGUUGUAAGGAUAUUUCAGUCUUCGCUAUCGAUUGUGUAUUGAUAUUAACUAUUAAGUGCUGAUUUGUGAUCGAUUUUUUAAUUUGUAAAUUAUGUCGCUUUUAAUCUAACGAUUCGGGUCGUAAAAAGUCACGCCAAAGCACUAUUGAACAUUAUUACUCCAUUUCUCCACACAGACAUCACACAUUUUCAUACUCCAUUCUCCAAUUAACAGUAGUAAUAUAUCGGGACAAAUGUUUUUCGACAACUAAGAAUUAAACUAGACUUGAAACCUAACCCAGAUUUGCUAACAAAAAAACUAUCGACUAACCCUCUAACCUUUCGAUAACAUACACCGAUACGAUCCACUACUACUACUACUACUGAAAACGCCCUCGACAAGUAAAAUUGGUGAGGAAAAAUAAGAACAAAAUCAAUCAAACAUUAAACGGAGAAUUAUUACGAUGUAAUGAUGUACUAACUAGACGGAAGGAAGAAGUGGUGUAAGCAUAAAUUAUAUAAAUUUAAGAAGAACGAGAGAAAAAAACACGCGUAUGGGCCCAUACGCGGAAACGUAAGCGAAGAAAUCGUAGAAAUGGCAGAAGCGACGAGUCAGAUUUUCUGUUUUAUUCAGCCGAAGCUUGGCGAUCAGCGCGGGGAAUUCGUCUCUCAAAGUAAUACAAUUAUUAUACAAGAACGAGAAACCAUUGUAAUUAUAUGAUUGGCUAUAGAGUAAAUCGCAGUGAAUGUUGUUUGCAACGUCCCUUGAAAUCUGCGCGCAGACGAACUGGGCGGUUGACGCAGCAAAUUGAUGCGUCGCUUUGGGGGUCAAAUCAACUCCAAUGCACGGUUGGGCGAUAUUUUUUUGUAGGUUACGUUCGAUCAUACAGGGUUUAAUUUGAUUUAGAUUUAAGUUCUGAUCGUUUUUUUUUAUUGUCUAUAGUCUAACAAAAGAGCUUUAAUUUUGCUUCCAAACGAGCAUAUCCCUUUGUAGCGUUUAAGUGUUUGUGUCCCCUUACUGUAGAAUUAUUUGAUAAGCGCUAAAUUUCGAACGAAUAACUAACGGAUAUUUUUAGGGUAGUAAUUAGUGAAGUUUGCGUGUAUAUUGCCACGACGAUACCAAAAAAAUCGAAACGAUGAAAGAAAACGAAACGUCUGAGAAACUGAUCGACAAAUUGCUCAAUUUUUUGACUGGUUGAAAGUUUUUUGUCCCUUCCUCGGGUUUUUGGGAGGAAGUGUUCGAUGGAAAAAUACGAGAUAGACAUUGAGGAACAAACGCCGUAGCAGAGCACCGAUCGUAGAUAUGGAUGAUUUUCAAAGGUUAGGUUUUAUA